AUGGUUGAAGAUGGUGACAGAGUUUGUUGGAAGAAGAAAUCAAUAUUCUUUGAUCCCGAGUAUUGGAAAUACCUUCCUGUGAGGCAUGUCCUAGAUGUUAUGCACAUUGAGAAGAAUGUUUGCAAUAGUAUCAUUGGUACAUUGCUGGAGAUCCCUGGAAAAAAUAAAGAUGGGAUUGCUGCUCGAUUAGAUUUAUUGAACAUGGGGGUCAAAACUGAUUUGCAACCCGAGUAUGGAGAAAGACGUAAUUGUUUGCCUCCCAGGCCUUGGAAUUUGUCAAGAGCAGAGAAGAGAGAGGUUUGCAAUUCUUUCUAUGGUAUGAAGGUCCCUGAAGCCUGCAAGAAUCGUACUCGUCCCGAAGGUUGCAUUGCUGAGCGGUAUAUAGUUGAAGAAGCUGUAGAGUUUUGUACCGAGCAUUUAUCUGAUGUUAGUACAGUUGGAGUGCCUUCAAGCCAAAAGAUGGGAGUUUCAAAGCCAUUAUCAGGUUGCACAGUGAGCGUAGUUGAUCGGGACCUGUUGAACCAAGCACAUCUAUAUGUCUUGGAGAAUACGGAGGAAGUCCUACCUUAUAUCGAGCAACAUAUGAUCCACAUCAAGACCGCUUAUCCAAAAUUUAGAAAGAGAACAAAGUGGCUGCAGGAUAAGCACAAUAGCACUUUCAUUCAAUGGCUACGCUUCAAGGUUCAAAGUGAACUUAAUGAGGAAGACAAUCAUGGCGUAUCAGAAAAUUUAAGGUGGCUAGCAGCUGGUCCAAACAUGGCAGUGCCAUCAUAUAGGAGCUAUCUUAUUAAAGGUAUUAAAUUCAACAUCAAGGCACAAGAUGAUGUGCGGACAACUCAAAAUAGUGGAGUUUAUUUACUUGCACAUACUAUGCAAGUUGCUAGUGCCAAGGAUAAAAACCCAAUUCUCUCAAAUAUGGGUUUCUAUGGUGUCAUUCAAGAAAUUUGGGACCUUGACUACCAAAUGGACGAACUUGGAUUUACCCUUGUAGAUUUGAGUAAAAUUGGACAUAGGAAUGACCAAUUUGUUUUGGCUUCUCAAGUCAAACAAGUAUUUUUUGUUGACGACCCGAUGCAUCGUGGUUGGUCGGUAGUGUUAUCAAUGCCUAAUAGAGAAUAUAAUGAUGUUAUUGGUGAUGAUGUCUUAGGUGAUGUGAGAAUUGAGUGUGAGCCAUUUACUAGAGGGAUGCCAAAUGUUGACACAUUUGAUGAAGUGGUGGGUGAGUUAGGGAGUCAAAAUAUUCGAGAUGGGUGUGAAGAUAUAUGGAUUGAAUGA